AUGACUGAUUCAGGUGCAUCUGAUCAAAACGGUUUGGGACUCGUCACUGUCCUGAGAGAUGAACCCGAGACUUCGGAAGGAAUGGAACCAAUCCCUUAUGAUGUACACAUUGCCAAUUUGAUGCAAAAAAUGGCCGAUAUGCAAAGUGAGAUUGAUCUACUUCGAAACCUCACCAAUUUGUCCAUCACUUUGAACACGCCACUUCCUGAGCAUGGAACAAACACAACUACUCUGCCUCUUUUUCCACAUGUUGACUCUCCUACUCCUCAAUACUUUCCACCAAACCCUUCCCUUCACAAGACCAAUCCAACUGCUUCCAAACAAUCCACCAACCCUCAACAACCCAACUUUCCACAAAACAAUUCGCAACAAGCCAACCCUUUACCCUUCACUACCCCAUAUGCGCCCCAAACUUCACUUACCCAAACUCCAGUCAUCCAAACUAACCCACUUACCCAAACUACCCCACUCACCCAAACCGCCUUACCUUCCCAAAAAUACCAAACGACCCAACAUAUACCGGUGGCACACACUGCAAUCCCUAACAUGCAAUAUGUGCCUCAAGUAUAUGUAGCGGAAGCUCAACCUUUCCUUAAUCCAAUGCCAACCCUGCUAGAAGUCGAUCCAUAUGAAGAGAUGGAGAAAGAAGCAAGGUCAAGAACAGAUGACAAUGUAGCAAGGGAGAUUCAUAAUUUGAAGGAAGCUUUCAAAAAUAUCCAAGUCCAUAAGGGGGUUGAAGGUCUUGAAUAUGAGGAUUUAUGUGUUCAUCCCGAUGUUGAAUUACCCGUGUGGUAUAAGGUACCAAAAUUUGAUGUAUUUGAUGGGAAGGGAAAUCCUCGAGCUCAUUUAAGGUCGUAUUGUGACAAGUUAGUUGGAGUGGGGAAAGAUGAGGCCAUUAGAAUGAAGUUGUUUAUAAGGAGUUUGACAGGAGAGGCCCUUGAUUGGUACACGAGUCGAGACCCACAGAAAUGGAAUAGUUGGGGUGCGAUGGCGCAAGAAUUCAUGGAUAGGUUCAAGUUUAACACUGAGGCAAUUCCGGACAGGUUCUACUUGAUGAAGUUGGAAAAGAAGUCAACAGAGUCAUUCAGAGAGUAUGCAAUGCGGUGGAGAGCAGAUGCCGCAAAAGUUCAACCACCAAUGGCAGAAAGUGAGAUGACCUCUCUUUUUAUACAAUCCCAAAAAGAUGCAACGUACUAUGAAAAGAUGAUAAGUGUUGUAGGGCAAAAGUUCUUUGAGGUUGUCAGGAUGGGAGAAUUUAUUGAAGAAGGUAUUAAAACUGGGAGAAUCACUAAUUUGGCAGCCCUGCAGGCGACAAGUAAGGCAAUUCAGUCGGAUUCAAUCGGAGGAGCCCUUAAGAAGAGGAAGGACGGUGUAUCUGCUGUCAUGACUAUCCAGGAACGAGUACUCCAACCAAUCCAAGGACGAAUUCCCAAUCCCCUUCCUGGAUGGUAUGACGAGACUAAGCACUGUGCAUAUCAUUCCGGAGCUGCUGGACAUGAUACUGAAAGUUGCCUUACUCUCAAAGAUAAGAUUGAGGCAUUGAUCAAAGAAGGAAUCAUUCAACUUAAAGGUGUUGCCCCAAAUGUAAACAACAACCCACUGCCAAAUCAUGGCAAUGUUAACAUGAUCACCGUUGAUGAAGAUUGCAACUUGGAAGGGACCAUAGUACCAGUCAAGAUAGAGAAUAAUGUCGAGACAUCGGCCUUGAUUUCUCCUGUAAUCACAGUCCAAGCACAAGCGCCAAUUGAAGUGGAAGUUUUUCUUCCCAAGCCUAGGAUCAUAGCCCUUGUCGCUCAAUCAUCCCCUCUUGACACUAAUGCAGUUCCUUGGGAUUACUCGAUUGAUGCAAGGGACAAAGGAAAAGGAAAGAUAGUUGUAGAAGCUGCUGCUGCAGGAAUGACAAGAUCCGGGCAUUGUUAUGCCCCUGAAGAAGUUGUACGAGGAGGACCAAACAAGGAAAACAACCAAAAAAGGGUUGUGACAGAGGCUGAAGUGGAAGAUUUCUGGAGGAAGAUGCCAACUAAGGAAUAUUCAGUUGUUGAACAGCUAAAGAAAACUCCUGCUCAAAUUUCCUUAAAGGCCUUAUUGAUGAAUUCUGCAACUCAUAGGAAUGCUUUGGUGAAGGUUUUAAAUGAAGCUUAUGUUCCAGCUGAGACCACUAGUGAGAGCUUUUCUGCCAUGGUAGGACAAGUUUUGGAAGCUAACAAAGUCACCUUUCAUGAAGAUGAGUUGUUGCCUGAAGGUUUGGGACAUAACAAAGCGUUGAACAUUACUGUCAGAUGUAGGGAUAAGUUUAUUUCCAGAGUUCUGAUUGAUAAUGGUUCAGCUGUUAACAUAUGCCCUUUCACUACUCUUCGAGCUUUGGGAAUUGACAUUGGAAAGAUUCGUGAAAGUCAUGUAAGGGUUAGAGGAUUUGAUGGGACACAAAGGGGAGUCAUUGGAGAAAUUGAUCUGCCAUUGCAAAUUGGACCUGUGGAGUUCAUUGUAGAAUUCCAAGUGUUGGAUAUAUCUGCUAGUUAUAAUUUGUUACUUGGAAGGCCAUGGAUUCAUAUGGCUGGUGCGGUCCCUUCCACUUUGCACCAGAUUUUGAAAUUUGUUUGGAACCAUCAGGAAAUUGUUGUUCAUGGAGAAGGUAACAACUCAAUAUAUCCUGAAAAUUCAGUCCCUGUUAUUGAAAGUAUGGAGGAGUUGGAUGGGUCUGUAUUCCAUAUUAGGGAAAUUGUGUGUGCUACUCAAGUUGGAAAGGCGAAUUUGCCACGUGUGCUUAUGAUGGUGGCUUGGGAAAUGUUGAAGAAUGGUUUUAUCCCGGGUCAAGGUCUUGGAGCGAAAUUGGAUGGAAUAGUGGAACCAAUUCAAUUGCCUGGUCAGAAAUACACCUUUGGUCUUGGAUACGAGCCUACUCCUGAAGAAAUCUCGUCGGCUAAUCUCAAAAGGAAAAAUGACAAUCCCUUACCACAACCUAUCCCGCCCUUGAAUCAGUCAUUUUCCAAGGCGUUUGCUGCAGAAGGAUUAGAAGAAGCUAUUGAAGAUAACCUCACAGAAGGACUCAAAAACUUGUUCAUUGAAGAAACGGAAUGCAAUAUGAUUUUGGAGGACUGCACUGAGGCCCCGACCAUAUGGGAUGCUAUGCCUGGAGAUGCUUUGAACAAUUGGACUUGUAACCCGUCCUCGUUCCUCCGGGAAUCUUGCAAGCAAACUAAUAAAUCUGUCAAUGCCGAGAAUGUGACAUGUAAUGAAACGAGCGAACAAACCCCGAACAGUGAACAAACUUUUGCAGAAUAUGAAGAAAAUGUGCAGUCUGGAGAGUUGACCAAGGAGUUUGAACAUUUUGAGAAUAAAGAAAAGCCAAACUUGGAUGAAACAGAGACGAUAAAUUUGGGAGAUUCGGCAGAGUUGGUGAGAGAUACAAGAAUUAGUGUCCAUUUGACUUCGUCCCAAAGAAAAGAACUUAUUGAUCUUUUGAGACAAUACAUAGAUGUGUUUGCAUGGUCUUACGAUGAUAUGCCAGGUCUAAGCACGGAUAUUGUUUCACACAGAUUGCCAAUUGAUCCCUCUUGCCCCCCAGUAAAGCAAAAGCCGAGAAAGAUCAAGCCUGAUUUGAGUUUAAAGGUUAAGGAAGAAGUCUCCAAGCAAUUUGAUGCCAAUGUCAUUCGGGUCACCAAGUAUCCCAUGUGGUUGGCCAACAUAGUACCAGUGCCAAAGAAAGAUGGAAAAAUCAGAGUAUGCGUAGAUUAUCGAGAUCUCAACAAGGCUAGUCCGAAAGAUGAUUUUCCUCUCCCAAACAUUCAUAUACUUAUUGAUAAUUGUGCAAAGCAUGAGUUGCAGUCAUUUGUUGAUUGCUUUGCAGGAUAUCAUCAGAUUCUAAUGGAUGAAGAGGAUGCGGAAAAAACUGCAUUCAUCACGCCUUGGGGAGUGUAUUGUUAUCGGGUAAUGCCUUUUGGACUCAAGAAUGCAGGGGCAACAUAUAUGAGAGCUAUGACUACCAUAUUUCAUGAUAUGAUCCAUAAGGAGAUUGAAGUUUAUGUGGAUGAUGUCAUCAUCAAGUCACGGAAGAGCUCAGAUCAUAUAACAGAUUUAAAGAAGUUCUUUGACAGAUUAAGGCGGUACAAUCUGAAGUUAAAUCCCGCAAAGUGUGCAUUUGGUGUCCCUGCCGGGAAGCUAUUGGGUUUCAUCGUGAGUAGGAAAGGGAUAGAGCUGGAUCCUUCAAAGAUAAAGGCUAUUCAAGACUUGCCUCCUCCAAAGAGUCGAAAGGAUGUAAUGAGUUUUCUUGGUCGCCUCAAUUACAUUAGUCGAUUCAUUGCACAAUCUACUGUAAUUUGCGAGCCAAUCUUCAAGUUGCUGAGGAAAGAUGCUGCAACAAAAUGGACGGAAGAUUGUCAGAAAGCUUUUGAAAGAAUCAAGGAGUAUUUAUCUAGUCCACCAGUCUUGGUGCCCCCAGAAUCUGGAAGACCGCUGUUGUUGUAUUUGUCAGUGUCUGACAAUGCAUUUGGAUGUGUGCUGGGACAACAUGACGAAACUGGAAAGAAGGAGCAAGCUAUAUACUACUUGAGCAAAAAGUUCACUCCUUAUGAAGCUCGGUAUACUUUAUUGGAGCGCACUUGUUGUGCUUUGACUUGGGUUGCACAAAAGCUGAGACAUUAUUUAUGUGCGUAUACCACUUUUCUCAUCUCAAGGAUGGAUCCACUCAAGUAUAUAUUUCAGAAGCCUAUGCCCACUGGAAGGUUGGCGAAGUGGCAAAUUUUGCUAUGUGAAUUCGACAUUGUUUAUGUCACUCAAAAGGCCAUCAAGGGACAAGCGCUAGCUGAUCAUCUCGCUGAAAAUCCCGUGGAUAAAGAGUACAGGCCUCUUAAAACUUAUUUCCCUGAUGAAGAGGUUUUAUUUAUUAGAGAGGAUAUUUCCGAAGAAUAUCCCGGGUGGAGAAUGUUUUUUGAUGGUGCUGCGAAUUCCAAAGGAGUCGGUGCUGGAGCAGUGUUGAUUUCAGAAUCAGGUCAACAUUAUCCUAUCUCAACAAAGUUCAGAUUCCUAUGCACAAAUAAUAUUGCGGAGUACGAGGCUUGUAUUCUUAGGCUUAGAAUGGCUGUUGACAUGAAUAUACAAGAAUUGUUGGUUAUAGGUGAUUCCGACUUAUUGAUUCAUCAGGUUCAAGGCGAAUGGAGCACCAAGAAUGUGAAGAUACUCCCAUAUUUGUUGUGUGUGAAAGAAUUGUGCAAGAAAUUCGUCAAGAUAGAAUUCAAGCAUAUUCCACGAGCUCAGAACGAGUUUGCAGAUGCGUUGGCAACACUGGCUUCUAUGAUUCAACAUCCAGACAAAAACUAUAUAGAUCCAAUCAAGGUCAAUGUGCAGGAUCAACCAAUCUAUUGUUUCCAUGUAGAUGAAGAACCGGAUGGAGAACCUUGGUACUAUGACAUUAAGAGGUAUCUCAGAGAAGGAGACUAUCCAGAAGGAGUAAACAAUGUUCAAAAGAGGACACUUCGGAGACUCGCAAAUCACUUUUUCCUAAGUGGAGAAAUCCUAUAUAGGAGAACUCCAGAUUUGGGAUUGUUAAGAUGUGUUGACUCUCAAGAGGCAAGCAAGUUGAUUGAAGAAACACAUAGGGGUACAUGUGGGCCACACAUGAAUGGUUUCACUUUGGCAAAGAAGAUUCUACGAGCUGGAUAUUUUUGGAUGACCAUGGAAACAGAUUGCAUCCGUUUUGUGAGAAAGUGUCAUCAAUGUCAGAUUCAUGGUGAUUUGAUUCGGGUUCCACCGAAUGAGCUAAAUGUGACAAGUUCUCCUUGGCCGUUCAUUCUGGUAGCUAUUGAUUACUUCACAAAGUGGGUAGAAGCAUCUUCAUACAAGUCUGUGACAAAGAAGGUGGUGACAGAUUUUGUUCGUAAUAACAUCAUUUGUAGAUUUGGGAUCCCCGAGUCAAUUAUUACAGAUAAUGGAGCUAAUCUCAAUAGUGGUUUGAUGCAUGAGAUAUGCGAGAAGUUCAAAAUUAUUCACCGCAAUUCCACUCCUUAUCGACCUCAGAUGAAUGGAGCAGUUGAGGCCGCCAACAAAAAUAUCAAAAGGAUAUUACGGAAAAUGAUUGAUAACUACAAGCAUUGGCAUGAGAGUUUGUCAUUUGCCCUUCUUGGCUACCGCACCACAAUCAGGACUUCGACUGGGGCAACACCUUAUCUUUUGGUUUAUGGAACAGAAGCAGUAUUACCAAUGGAAGUUGAAAUACCAUCUCUGAGGAUCAUCCAAGAAGCUGAGUUAAGUGAUGCCAAGUGGACGCAAAGCCGGUAUGAACAAUUGAUGCUCAUUGAUGAAAAAAGAAUGAAUGCAGUUUGUCACGGGCAACUUUACCAACACAGGAUGGCCAAAGCUUUCAACAAGAAAGUAAGAUUGAGACAGUUUGAACCGGGACAAUUGGUGUUGAAGCGAAUAUUCCCACACCAAGAUGAAGCUAAGGGGAAGUUUGCACCUAAUUGGCAAGGACCUUACAUGGUUCACCGAGUACUGACUGGAGGAGCUUUGAUUCUAGCAGAAAUGGAUGACAAGAUAUGGCCAAAAGCUAUCAAUGCAGAUGCGGUUAAGAGAUACUACAUCUAG